AUGGCUACCCCCAGUCUCCCUGCACUUAGCGCAUACCGUCAGAUCCUGCGUGCUACCCGCGUGGCCUUUGCAAACGACUCCCGUGUCCUCCUGGCCGCCCGUGCAGAGGCCCGCCGGAACUUUGAUCAGAACCGCCGGGUCGGUGUCGACACCGGCAUGCAGAUCAACCAGGCCAUCGAGGUUGCGAGCAUUCUGCGCCACAACAUCGUCCAAGGAUCCCGUGAGGAUGGAAACGAGGAUGCCAAGUGGGAGCUGAACAUCCACGACCAAAUCGAGCGUGGCGACAACGACACGAUCAAGGUUGGCAACAAGGACGUCAAGAUCCACAAGGCCUGCUCAUCGUGA